AUGAGCUUGAAUGUAUAAGGUUUGAGAAAACCAAGCCAAGUGAAUAGUCCGAGUUCUAUUAAAAAGCCAAUCAUGUCCUCAUUAUUAUUUAAUUGCAAAGCUCCUAUAAAUGUUCCAAAUAGUUCACAAGUAUCACCUUAAAAUUCUGAACAAAAUCUGCUUAAAACAUUGCAUUCACAUAAAGGAUCAUAAGUGGAUGUAACUAAUUUAACAAAAUUAAUUAAACACAAUAAGUCUCCUACUAUUGAAGCAUUUGAUACAUAAAAUAGCUAGAAUUCAAGUCAAUAAUAAUUAUAAGCAUUGUUUGCAAAAGCUAGAGAAAUAACUUCGAAUAAAUAAAAACCUUAGAUUGUAAAAUAAUAAGUUCAAUCAAUUCAAACAUAAUCUAUUAACCAAUUGAAGGAACUAUUUGAUAAUGAUAUAUAUUGUAGAAACACUUUUUAUUUUCAUUUUGUUGUUGGAAUUGGUGGAUUUGGAAAGGUUUGGAAAGUAGAACAUAAAAAAACAGCUUAAGUGUAUGCAAUGAAAGAAAUGUCGAAGGCUCUAAUUAUAACAAAAAAAAGUGUGAAUUCAGUUAUGAAUGAAAGAGUAUUGCUAAGUUAAUUGAAGCAUCCUUUUUUGGUUAACAUGAAUUUUGCCUAUCAGGACAGAGAAACCCUGUAUUUAAUUAUGGAUUAUAUGUCUGGAGGUGACCUUAGAUAUCAUAUUGGAAGAAUGAGAAGAUUUAAUGAAGAAUAAACUAGGUUCUUUGUAGCCUGCAUAUUUUUAAGUUUAGAAUAUGUUCAUGAAUGCAACAUAAUUCAUAGAGAUAUUAAACCUGAAAAUUUGGUUUUGGAUAAUAAAGGCUAUGUUCAUUUAACUGAUUUUGGCAUUGCGAGAGUUAUGAAAACCGAAAACUCAAGUGAUACUAGUGGCACACCUGGUUACAUGGCUCCAGAAGUGAUGUGUAGACAAAAUCAUACAUUUGCUGCAGAUUACUAUGCCCUAGGAGUGAUUGCAUAUGAAUUUAUGUUAGGCAGGAGACCCUAUGUAGGGAGGUCGAGACAAGAAAUCAGAGAUUAAAUUUUGGCUAAAUAAGUUCAAAUAAAAAAAUCUGAAAUCCCUAAUAAUUGGUCAAUCGAAGGUGCCGAUUUUAUCAAUAGACUCUUAUAAAGAAAGCCUUAAUAACGAUUAGGGUUUAAUGAGAGUCAAGAGAUCCGUCAACAUCCUUGGUUUUUAAAUUUUCCAUGGCAGAAGCUUAAGAACUUUGAGCUUGUUCCACCCUUUUAACCAAAUAGGACUGAAGAUAAUUUUGAUUAAAAGUAAAUUCUCAUAGAAGAUGAAGAAAAUAAUGAACUCAUUUAACAAAACCUGCUGGUAUUAAAAGAUCCAGCCACUCAAGAUUUAUUUUAGAGUUAUGAAUUUAAUGCAAAUCAAAAUUAGAAUAAGAUUUCAUCUACUACUGAUUAAUCCUCAAGUUCAUCAUCUAAACAUAGCAGAAAUUUUAGUCAAAAAAUUGAAAAGUAAUAAUAUCUUGAAAGUGGAACUAAGUGA